AUGAGCAGCAGUAGGAGAGGGCAGCCACCAAAGCACCAAAACGCGUACGCCUGGAAACCCAACGCCGGUCGCAAGAUCAACGAAACCGAAGUGGGAGGCAAGUUCAGGCCGUACUCGGAGAUCACCGGAGUGUGCUCUCGCUGUAAAGAUCAAAUCGAAUGGAAACGCAAAGAUAGUUCAGAAGUGGAGGCUGAGCAAAAGACACUUGAGGAGGUGGUUUAUUGUUUGGAGACUGUUCAUAAUGCUGAUGUAUUGCAUAUAUGUGAUAGGCCAUUAAGAAUGCUCGAGAGAGGGACAGAAGAACUCUACUACGAGCUAUGCUGGACUAGAGNAAACAUCAACAAUCAAACGGCACAGAGAGGAGCAGAUGUUAUCCACUGGAGUGGUGGCACUAGAAUCCCAGUGUUCAAAGACUACGUCAUCAUGGUCACCGACCCAGAUGGUCGCCAGAGCAAGCAAGACUUGUGGCUCGCUAUGUACCCUGAGCUCGACUUUAGACCUGAGUACGCUGAUGCUAUAUUGAAUGGUUUAGAAAUCUUCAAAUUGAGUGGAAAAGACGGCAGUCUCGCCGGGGCAAACCCUGAACUUGUACUCAGUCCACUGCCAGGACCACCCACCUUGUCACCGCAGAAGAAGAACAAUAAAAAAACAUCUAGUCUGCCGGUCAUUAUCGGCACCGUAGUCGGAGGAGGGUCUGUUCUAGUCUUCAUCUUAGGUUUCUUGAUUUUUCGACGACGGAGGAGAGUGAAAGCCUUGGGCUCAACACAGCCCAAGUCGUCACGCUUUUCACUUGAGGAGAUCACAUCAGCUACAUGCAACUUCGAUGACAAUUUUGUCAUCGGGGCAGGAGGAUUUGGUAAUGUGUAUAAGGGCCACAUCGACAACGGUGCAACCACCGUUGCGAUCAAACGAUUGAACCCAUCAUCAAAUCAAGGGGCCCGCGAGUUCCAAACAGAGAUUGGUAUGCUAUCGAAGUUACGCCACCUCCAUCUGGUGUCGUUGAUCGGUUAUUGCAACGACAACCGUGAGAUGAUAUUGAUUUAUGAUUAUAUGGCCCGCGGGACCCUCCGUGAUCAUCUUUACAAAUCAAAGAAACAACUCAUUCCGCCGGCUAUAAUUCUAGAUUUACCCGAGGAUCAAGUGAAUUUGGCUGAGUGGGCUCGCCAUUGUUAUAAAAAUGGGACCCUUGAUCAAAUUGUUGACCCUAAUAUAAGGGAGGAGAUUGCGCCAGAGUGCUUGAAGAAGUUUGGCGAAUUAGGUGAUAGUUGCUUGCGUGAAAAUGGGUUCAAACGACCAGGAAUAAAUAAUGUUUUGUGGGGCCUUGAGUUUUCUUUGCAACUUCAAGAGGAGGCUGAGAUGAAGGGUCAAGGUGAUGGUGGUGGUGGAGGUGGAGGUGGAGGUGGAUUACUACCGGUAGCGUUGGCCAGUCCCUUGACUCCUCCUCUGCAUGGAGAAUCAAUGACCGACAAUGAUGAAAAUGUGUUAAGAUCAAUGACUAACAGUGACAAAUUAAAAAAUAUGACUCUGUUCUCAGAGAUCAUGAAUCCUAUGGGUCGAUGA